AUGGUCGAGGAGGCCCCCGAGGGGGCCCCCCUGGGGUCCCCUGGCCCACCACCCACUCAAUCCAAUGCGGUGGCGCACCUGUCUGCUGCCCGGGCCCUCGUGAGAGAGGGGCAGUUGCUGCUGAAGGAGACAGGGCCCGUACCGACGGGGGGCCCCUCGGGGGCUUCGCUGUCUCCGCAUCAAUUGCAGAACUUGUUGCACGUGUAUCAGCUCUGCGAGCAGGCGCUGAAGCAUCUUGAUGCAUGCGGCUUGCCUUUGGGGCCCCUUAGGGGCCCCCACCAGAACGACGGAGACCUGACAGCAGCUGCAAAACGAAGGCUGCAGCAGGAGCUGCCGGAGGGGAUGGAGAAGGCUGGGAAGGCCCAGGGGUUCUUUGCUCUUGUAACCAUGGCGGAGGCACUGAGAGCAAUGGGCAACUACGAAGACAGUCUAUUGUGCUAUACGGAGAGCUUGCAGUGGACAGAAGGCCUUUGUGGGGCAGCUGAGCAGAUGCGCGCCCUCUUAGCGGCUGCUGCACUCAUGUCAAACGUCGGCAGACACACGGCGCUGGCAGCAGAAGCUGCAGAAGCAGCGGAAGCGGCCAAAGCUGCUGCUGCGGCUGCUGCUGCUGCUACUGCGCCGCCCAACCGCAAGGGAGGCGGUGCGGCAGCGGCAGCAGCAGCGGUUGCUGCUGCUGCGGGAGCGGACACAGGCGCGACUGCUGGGUGCGUUGCAGCACGAACCGUCGGUGGCAGCAGCAGCAACAGCAGCAACAGCAGCAGGAGCUGGAGGCCCCUCAGGAGCCUCAUGUCGUCUCAUCACAGGGGCCUGGGCCUGGCAGAGAUAAGAGGCCUAAGGUACUGUAGGUUUGCGCUGGAGAGCGUUUUGCUGCUCUCUCCUGGGCACCCGGAAGCAGCAGCAAGGCUGGUGAAAGUGCUGCUGCUGCAGGGCGACUUCCCUGCGGCUGCCAAGGCGCUGCAGCACGUGCUGCAGCAGCAGCUCAACUCCUUUGUACAUACACCCCGGAAAAUACUCUGGCUUAGAGGACUGCUCCAGGGAGAUGCUGCUGCUGCUUCGGCUGCUGCCAGUUUCCUGGCCAAUGCCCAUAGUCUCGCCAACAAGGCCAGCAGCAGCAACAGCAACAGCAGCAGCAGUGUUGAUGCAGAAGCUGAAGCGGAAGCUUACGACAAAGAUUUGGCCGCGCAGUUUCUUAAGCAGCAGCAACAGCGACUGAAACUGCAGCUGGCAGCGCUGAAAGCUGAGGAUGCUGCUGUUGUUGAGGCCCUAAGGGGAGGCGCCAAAGCGUCCUUUAGGCCCCUUCUGUUGCCGCUGCCCCUCAAAGCUGCCAGCGCAGCAGCAGCAGGCUCUAGUGCUGCUGCUGCUGCUGCUAGUGCUGCCGGACCAGCCGCAGAGUGUGCUUCUCAGGUUGCACUUGUGUUGGAUGCGUUGCGACACGCAUUUCUUCAGGAUAGCUCGAGCGAAAGCGUCAACCUUGCUCAUGCUGCGAACGCGCCGGCUGUCUUGGUGGCGCGGGAAGGCUCCCUGUCGUUCUCUGCUUCAGCCUCAGCAGCAACAACAGCAGCAGCAGCAGCGGCAGCGGCGCCCACACCCGCAGAGACAACAGCAGCAGUCUCACCAACGGCAACACCAGCUGCUACGCAUGCUCCAGCGUCUGCUGCUGCGCUGUAUCGCAGUAGCAGCACGAGCUGGCUGUGGGGAGGUCCUUGCCUGCAGCAGCAACAGCAGCAGCAGCAGCAGCGUAGCAGGGGAAGGCUGCGGAACGAGAAGCCUCGCCGUCUCAAGUUCCUCCAGGAGAGCGAUGCUUGGCAGUCUAAGACGCCUUUUUCUCUAUGGAAGGCCUGGGGUGCGUUGCUGCGGAUGCCAGCAGCACACAGAGAGGCUGCGCUGAGCAGCCCCGCCUUCGAGCACAACGCAGCAAUUGAUGUCCUAUGGGGAGACUUUUCGGUGUUUUCGCAUUUACUAGGGGGGGUGGGUGGUGAGGGUGGUGGUGGAGGUGGUGGCGGUGCUGCUGCUGCUGCUGCUGGUGCUGCUGCCGCGCUGCCAGCAGCAGCGGCGCCUGGGGCGGCUGCUGCGACUGCCGCGAGUGCUGCUGCCGCUGUUUUGCCGCCCCCAUCUAGAACCAGCAGCAGCAGAACGAACGCAGGCGGUGCAGCAAAGGCAGCAGCAGCGCAGCUGCAACCACCUUCCAGUGUGGCGCUGCCAGUAGUGCCACCCCCGUCACUUCAGUGGACCCUGUGGCAGCUGCAAACUACGAUUGAUUCCAUCUUGGAUUCCGCAGCGGACAAGCCCGGAGAAGCAGCAGAAGCAGCCAGCAAUAGCAGCAACAGUGAGCCGCAGCCGCAGCAACAGGAUCAGCGGCAGGACAGAGAGGCGGGGGAGACCUUGCUGCUGCAGCAGCUGGCUGCCACUUUCGGUGUCUCUUCGGCUCAUCCACGCAGCGCAGAGAUGUCUCUCCUAGAAGCUUCUCUCAAGAUGGUGGAAGCCUUGUUGUCUCCUGAGGGCCUGGCUUGUGGGUGGCCGGAGGCGCUUUGGGGCCAGCGAGUGUCUCUGCGGCUGCGAGACCUGCUGCAGCUGCUGCUGGGGGUGGGCACAGCGCUGGCAGUAGAGCUUCCACCAGCAGCAACUAAGAAGGAGAGCAACAAGGAGGGAGUAGCAAGCCUCACGGCCUCGCUGCCGCCGACGGAGGUGUGGGGCAGAGUCUGUCUCGCUGCAACGACGGCAGCAGGACAAACCGCUAAGCAUGCAAGAGCCCUGCAGCAAUUCCUUACCGGGGGUACGGCGGAGCGCGCGGCGCUCGCUGUCAUGCAUGCAGCAGCAGUGGCGCUGGAUGCACACCCGAAGUGGCGGCAGCAGCAGCAGCAGCAAGAGCAGCAGCACCUGCCGGCUUCAGAGGCGCAGCAUCUUCUCGACGUCGCAGGGGAUCUUUUGUACGCAGUCGCUACUGCGCUGCAGUGCAGCGGCAGCGGGGGCAGUGCAGCAGCUAGCGGAGCAGAAGCAGCAGCACCAGCAACAGGGAAGAGAAUGCGCAGCAGGCUGCAACGCGCCAUGGCCUGGCUAAUGCUGCUGCAGCGGCACUCGGCAGCAGCAAGAGGCGAGCUCCCAGCAGCAGCUGCUGCUGCUCCAGCAGCUGCCGCAGAGGAUGCAGCAGCACACGUGGACAGGGGGGAGGGAUCUGCUGCCGCCUUGAGCGCGCUCUUCUUGCUUCUUGACGACAUCAGUCCCCAGCAGGAGCAGCAGCAGGAGCAGCAUCAGGAGCAGCAGCAGCAGGGAGUACAAGAUCUGCUGCCGUCUUUGGAUUACCUCCGGUCUCAGGCUGUUGCUGCAGUGCUGGCUGAGGGCCUCGAGGUGCACGAGCUGCUGCAGUCCGAUCCGCGUGCAGCAGCUCUUUUCUCAUGUUCACUCUCCGCAGGGAAGCAGCAGCAACAGCAGCACCAGCAGCAGCUGCAGGGUAAGCAGCAGGAUAAGCAGCAGGAGCAGCAGAAGGAAAAGAAGUGGGGGCCGGAUUGCGUGCCGCUUGAAGCGGUGUCGUCUGGGGCUCUGCGGGCGGAGGUGGAGGCUUCUUUGCUUGCUGCGGUUGCCGCUGCACAGCAGCAGCUAGAUGCUGUCUCGGCGCGGGUGCAUGCGGAGAUUCACGAGCGGACGGUAGCAGCAGCAGCUGCUGCAGGGGCGGAUGAGGAGCAGCAGUUGCAGCAGCAGCAGCAGCAGCAGUGCCCUCAGACGAGCAUCUUGAGUGCGGAGACGCAGGAAGAGGUGCUUUGUCUGAUUCAGGCUUUCGUUCCCUUCUUCUCUCGGGUGUCUAGACAGCUCUCGCUCUUAACUGCCUCCCAGCUGGACUUGAGCGCAGGCCAUGUACCGCCAGCUAUAGAGAUUCACCCUGAUGUGCAUGCAUUCCUCUUAGCUCUGGUGUCUCUCUAUGGAGACAUCUUUGCUGUUCUGGCUCUUCGUGCUGCGCGCUCCCUUGACGACUGCGUCUUUCCUUUUGCUGCUGUCACUGCAGCAGCAGCAGCAGCAGAAACAGCAGCAAAGACUUUGCGAGGCUGUCCCUUCCCGUCUGCUGAACUCAAGGAAGAGUUCGUCGUGGGAGUUGUUGCCUCUCUCCCUGUUCUGCUGUCUUCUCUUCAAGCCUUCAGAAUAUUUCUUAACGACACCCCAGAAGCACCUAUUGCUGCAGCGGCACCCGUAGCCUCGGCCGCAGCAACAGCAGUGGCAACAGCAGCAGCAGCAGCAGGGGCAUCGGGACUACCUUCAGAACUCCCUGACAUGCAGGGACAGCAGGUUCCGCAGCAACAGCAGCAUCGUGCUGCUGCGGCUGCUGCAGUAUCGACUGCGGAGCUCUUAGGGGAGAGCGGGAAGCUUCCCUCGCUUGCUGCAGGAGUUUGCAUGUGGGGUGUUGCUGUGGGGUCGCCAUAUGCUCGUUUAGUUGCGCCUCUGUCUCCGCAGCAAAUAGCAGAGGACCUGAAGCUGAAGCCGGAGAGCAGCAGCAGCUCAGGUGCUGCUGGGGCGCCUGUCCUUGCCACGGCUCUAGGCGCCCCCAUCCCCGUUUCAACAAUAUUUGCUGCUGGAGUUCCGGUGUCUGGCUGCUUCCUGCACCCCGCUGCAGUACGACUUGCUGCAGGCAUCUCUGCUUUUAUUUUGGUGGAGCUGGUUGCUGUGGCCUCUGUUUGCUGCUGCUGCUUCCUCACGGGAGAGACGAAGCGCUUCAGCACUCUGCCGAUAGCAGGGCUGCCGGGCGGUGCAGCUGCGGGGGCCCUGAACAGCGGUUCUUCGGGGGGUGCAGCAGCAGCAGCAGCAGCAGCAGCAGCAGCGGUCACAGCAGCAGUCACCGCCCGCAAAGGCAGUCUUUGGAAGGACGUAACGAGCAGCAGUCAAAUUAUUCGUUUGGGUCUCUCUGCUCUGCUGCAGCUAGCAGGGGCCCCCCUAGAGUGUGCAGGUACAGCGGAGCAGCCUCAGGCCCCUGACGGGGGCCCCGCAGGAGAGGCGAUUAGGGUUCGGUGGCAGCUGCAUCCGCUAACGUUUUUAGGCCCUACAAACAACCAGGUCGUGGCUACGGUUGCCGAUGCUGCUGCAGGGGUUGGCCCUGCUGGUGCUGCGGGUGCGCAGCUGCAGCAGCAGCACCACCAGGGCACGCUCGGGGCAGCAGGCGCUGCAGGCUCAGCAGCAACAGCAGCAGCAACAGCAGCAGCACCAGCAACAACAGCAGCAGCGGGAGCUUGCGGGGCUGCUGCGACGAAUGGAGGGGGGGGCAGCAGCAUCUUUGAAUCAGCAGAUGAACGAGCAGCACUGGAUGCCAGUGAGUACGCCCUUAGGCUCUCGCAUUUGCUGUGGGGAGCUGUCGAAGUAGAGGUGGCAGUGAGGGAGCUGCAAGACAUCGGUGCGCAGCAGCAGGCGGCGGGGGGCUCCGGAACUGGUGCGAAUGCUGCGGCUGAGAAGGCGAAGGCUGCCGCUGCAGCAGCAGCAGCUGCUGCUGCUGCUGCUACGACGCCGGUUGUGGCCACAACGAGCAGCGGCACCGGCAGCAGCAGCAGCAGCAAGAGCAAGCGGAGUCAGUCGCACUACCCGAAGCCACCAGUAUCGCAGCCACUGCCGCUGCAGGGCCUCCCCGGCUGGCUCAGCAGCUGCUACUGGAGUGAAGCGGAGCUGCCUUGGGAUAGAACGGACACCGAGAGGGAGGCGGAGGCCGAGGUGGCGCGAGGAGCGAAGCAAGUGGCAGGGGUGGAGCUCUUUCUGCCUCCGGGCAUCGCAACGUCCUGCUUGCCGCUGUCUUGUUUGCUUGUUGCUUUGCGGUGUCUGCGCACCCCUGCUAUUCGGCGAUACGAGCGGGAGCUGCGGCCACUGGCUGCUGCUGCUGCUGCUGCUGCUGCGGACAUGGAGGCGCAGCAGCAGCUGCUGCAAGUGAGCAAGGAGACCUUAGCUGCUGUCCCUUGCUGCAGAAACGUCUUCACCCUGGUACCGCUCGCCGCAAGGCUGAUGCUGCUGUCGCGUGCUGGUACAGCAGCGCCGGCCCUCGCCCCAGGGUACCUGCCUGCUGCUCCGUUGGCAGCUCUUGAUGCUGCAGCAGCGGCUGCAGCUGCAGCACGCGGUAUCCCUUUGUUGUGGGGCCCUCCAGGGAGCCACGCAGCAGCAGCCGCAGCAGCAGCAGCUGCUGCUGAGGCAAAUGGAUGGAGAUGGGAGGCCUCAGAAGUAUAUGAUGUGACGGGGGAUAUCUCCUACAAGCUGGCCUGCUGCUUCAUGCUGCUGUACGGACAGCCGCUGCUGCCGCGGCAGCCCCCCCCUCUAGACAAACUCACCAUACAGACGACGAAAGAGAAACUCAAGAACACCUUCAUUGAAGUCUCGCUCCUAACCACUAUGCUUGGGGAGUUUUUGCUGAAUUCCCUCUUAGUCCCGUCGCGUGAGACGCGGGAGUUUGCGCGCUUUGCAGUGACAGCCGCAGAUUUGUUUUGCUUUAAUAGCGCUAAACCCCCUGAAGGCAGCAGACCGUCUUGUGUACCUCCUUUCCUCACGAACUACAGCAGCAGCAGCAACAGCAGCAGGAGCAGCAAGGGUGGUUGCAUCUGCUGCAGCGGCACCGGGGACAGUUUGUGGGAAUGUGUGGGGGAGCCGCUGGCUGUGCCUUCUUACUUGCGGCGUUUUCUUAUUGAUUCAAAUGGCGUAGGCUCGGUAUCUCCUUUUAUCCUCGCCACCAACCCCAACAGGCCCUGCUGCCUUCCUACUCUGUUGUCAGUCUGCAGCUACGCACGAGCUCAAGAGCUUCCGUUGAUGUCCCCCACACCUAAACCCCACUUCCCCUUCUUCCUUCAGUUCAUCCACAGACAGCAGCAGCAGCAACAGCAGCAGCAGAAGAGGCAUGAUAUGGCUUCUGACAGCAUUGCCCUCACGCGUCUCUCGCUGCUGCAGCAGCACAACGACCAGAUGCAGCAGCUCCUGCAGCAGCAGGCUGCUCUCCUUCUGCUUCUGCUGCCAGCGCCCGCGCUGCAGCUGCUGCGGCGCCAGUCACUUUCAGCUGUGGGGGGACAGCUUCCUCCGCUUCCCCUGCUAGAAGCAGCCUUUCAGGUGCGUCCUGGUGCUGCACCUUUUGCUGCUGUAAUGGGGGCCUCGAGUGCUGUUGCUGCUGCCGCUGUCGAGCUGCUAACGUCUCGCCCUACCCAUCUGAUGCCAGCGUCGCUGCGGCAGUAUCCGCUGCACCUGCUGCUGCAGCUGCUGCAGUCGCAGAGGGCAGCUGCUGCGGAAGUUGAGGCCCUUGAGCGCAUUGGCCUUGCAGCAAGAGCAGCAGCAGGAGGGCCCCCCAACAAUCCGUUGCUGUGGGAGGCUCUUCGAGCGGUGCUGCUGGAGCUGACGGUGCUGCUGUCGGAUCGCUUCGCCUCUACAGGGGGCUGGCAGCAACAGCAGCAGCAGCAGCAGCAGCAGGGAGAGCUGCAGCAGCAGCAUUUGGAGUGGGUGGUUGCAGAGGGGGACAAAGUGCCGUCUGCCUUCGUUCUGCUGCUGCUCUUCUCUCAAGCUCACCUCGUUGCCAACGUUGCAGCUGAGCUGUGGCGCUGCUUCUUGCAGCUGAAUCGCAGCAAGACCAAAGGAGGAACAGCAGCAACAGCAGCAACAGCGGCAGGAACGGCGGAGGGAAAGGCGAGUGAAGUGCUGCUUGAUACAGUUAAGGCCUUCAGCCCCAAACACCUCUCGGGCGCAGAGGCAGAGUGGUCUUACCUUGCAGCAAAGACAGACGCUCUCUUGCUGCUGCUGCUACAGUUUUCGCACUUCAAGUCGCUCCCAGCAGCAGAUGCAGCAGAAGCAGAUGCAGAAGAAGGUGCUGAAGACGUCGCUGCAAUGGCGGAGGACGCGGCUGCGAGCAGCAGCAGCAGCGGCGGGACACUUGCUGCAGCGGACGCUGCGCUGCACCAUGCACAGUGGUGGAGGAGAGUAGGAGAUUGCCGGCGCCUGUCUUCUUUGUUUUGUUUGUCGUCUCUCUCUGGAAAGGGGGAGGAGUUGAGCGAGAGGCAGCAGCACAUAAAGCAGCAGCGCGGGUUGUCUGUACACUUGUCUUCGCGGCAGCUGUUAUCUCUGGCGGCCAGCAGCGCCAGCAGCAGCAGCACGAAGAAAGACAUCCUGCUGCUAUACGGCUUUGCUGCAGAAGCGAGUCGUCUCUUGUCUUUUAUGUUCAAUGGCGAGGUGCCGCAGUCUGUCAGUGGGGCCCCCUCAGAUUGGGUGGGGGCCCUGCAGCAGGAAGAGGAGUUGGGGUGUACAGACAGCUUGAGGGACGCCUUGGCUCUGUCGGCGUCUUUCAGUCGAGCGAGGGAAUGGGCAGAACCUCCUGCUUUCUUCUUCUUUUUGCUGCUGAUCCGAGCCAAGUGCUUCCGCCGGAUCGCUGCAGUAGCUGCUGCUCCUGCUGCUGCAUCUGAUGCGCGCAGCAACGAUGCAGCAGCCACCGCCGCAGCGGCGGUUGCUGCAGUUUCUGAUGCAGCUGAAGCGUCCUAUCCCCAACCCGUGCCGGACAUUGCUGCCUUUACUGCAGCAGCAGCAGCAGCAACGAGCGUUGGUGCUGCUGCAGCAGACAGCAGCAGCCACGCGCCCAACGGCGACACCAAAGGGGAGGCAUCCCAGCGAACUCCAACAGGCGAGGGAACAGCAGCAACAGCAGCAGCCGCAGCGGCAGGAUCGGCAAAAGCUGCUGCAGUUUCUACCGUGAGUAGCCUGCAUGCACUUGCUCUUUGUGAUGCUGCAGACGCGCUACUCCUUUCCUGUAUUCAAUCAUUUGGGGCUGACAGCAUUUUAGCUGCAGAGGGGAGGAGCCCUCAGCUGGGUCCUUCUUCUCCCCGCAACAGCAACCACGCGCAGCGCAACUCGGACGGCGGCAGCAGCAGCAGCAGCAGCAACAGCAGCAGCGGCAGCCAGAGGAGUGGUGCAGCAGCAGAAGGCCGCCGGUUUGUCUCGUCUCAGGUGUCUCUACAGCUCUAUUUAGAGCACGCUGGAGACAUCGAGAGUCUGGUAGAAGCAGAUGGAGACAUAAUGCCAAUAGUGCUGCCUCUCUAUCGCUUGCAUGCAAUGAGGGUGCGGCUGCUGCUGCAGUCGGGGGGCAGGCUGUGGCGGCUUGCUGCUCUGUUCCCGUGGAAGUAUACCCGACCGCAGCAGCAGCAGCAGCACGAGACGCUGGCGGCUUUAGAUGCAGCCUUGUACAUGUGGAGGACAGGCAAAGUCGAGGCGCUGCUGCAGCAGCAGCAACAACAGCAACAGCAGCAGCAGCCUGUGCUCCCAGGGGACCAUUUGUUGCCUCUACAGAGCGCAGCAGAUGUAAUGAGGGACGCUGUAGAUUGUCUGCAGUAUCUCGCUGCCAAGAGGCAGCUGAGCUCGUGGGCGUCUACCCCUCGGUAUCUUCUGGCACGGUUGGCUCUGGCUGGGGGCGAGUUUGGGGCUGCAUGCAAACAAAUAAAACAUUUGUUUUCUAGGGGGUCUAUUCGCCUUGCUGCUCCUGACUCGUGGAUUAGCAACCACUACCAGGCCUUUAGGGCGCGGAGACGCGGGUUCGAUUACCGGCGAGUGAAGAUUUGCUAUUUAUUACAAGAUACAAUCAGAGGCCUCGCGCAAGGAGCACUGGCUGCUGCAGAGGAGGGCAAGCAGCAGCAGCUGCUGCAGCAACAGCAGCAACAACAGCAGCAGCAGAAGAAACCAGAACAGCAACAAGGCGUGGUGCUGCCAGAGGGAUGGGUAUUUGGUGGUGUAGAACGGAUAGAGAGAUUGGAUGAGUUGCAUGCAGCGAUGAAGAUAUUGGUGGAGACAUUGGACGUGCAGCUGAAACUGCUGCGUCGGUUGCAGCAGCGACUGCAGCAGCAGCAGCUGCAGCAGCAGCAGCAGGCGCAGCAGCAGCAGCAAGAGGCGGUGGACGAGGAGGUGCGGCUAACGAGCAUGCCGUUGCAGGUGAAGAUCAUUGAGGUGCUUAUGACAGCUGCUGCUGAGGCAUUCGGCGCCUUAACUGAAGCUACCCCAGAAGUGCUGGAUAUGAAUGAAAUGCGCCAAGCAAUAAGCAUUAUGUUUCCUCAGAACGAGUUGCCUCCUGCAGAGCUGCAGUGUACGUACACCCCGGAGACAGCCGCGUUGGAUAAGCGUCUGUUGGUGUUCUUGCGAGAUAUUGUUUCUUGCACGCGUUCUUGUCUAUUAGAUUUGUCUGAAGGGACUGAGGGUGAGCUGCAGCAUUGGCCUUGUGGAUCUUUUCAAGCCCUAGAGGCUAUCUUUCUUCAGUUAGAUGCAGUGUUUGUUGCUGCAUGCAAGAAGUUGCUGUACUGCAACCCUGCUGCUUCGCAGAAUGCUGUCAGCAUGCGCCUUAGUCUGGGGCAGCAGGUACGCUGCAGCAGCCAGAUGCGUGAGAUUGAUGAUGGCAGAGAAGCACAAGCAGCACUUCAAAGAGCAAUUCGUGCAGAUGGAUCUCAGGGAGCAUCAACAGGUCGUGGGAGGGGAAGAGGCAGGGGUGGCUACGGCGGCAGGGGAGCUGCUGCAGCAGCACGCGCCCAAGCAGCAGCAGCAGCAGCUGCUGCGGCUGCGCCUGCAGCUGCCACACUACCCACGGCGGCAGCGACAGCUCCAGCUGCUGCUGCUGCUGCUGCUGCUGCAACCACACGAGGUGCUAGCAGGCAGCAACGCAGAGCAGCACGCAGCCAAAGAAUGGGAGGAGAGUACUUUGAGGGACAUAUUUCAGAUGGCGAUCAAAUUCGUAUCACAGAAGAUACUUCGCAACAACAGCAGCAGCAGCAGCAACAGCAGCAACAACAACAGCAGCUGCAACAGCAGCAACGCAGACUGACCCAACUGCAACAACAGCAGGACAUCCUCAAGCAACAGCGCUUGCCACAGCAACAGCAUCUGCAGCAGCAACAAAUCCAGCAACAACAGCUGCUGCAGCAGCAACUGCAACAGCAGCAACUGCAGCAGCGGCAGCUGCAGCAAGCACAGCUGCAGCAGCAGACACAGCAGCAACAGCUGCGACAGCCCCAGCUGCAGCAGCAGCUUCAGCAACAGGCACAGCAGUUGCAGCAGCAAGCGCAGCAGCAGCAGUUACGCCAGCCACAGUUGCAAGCGCAACAGCUGCAGCAGCAGGCGAAGCAACUGCAGCAGCAGCUGCAGCAGCAACAGCAGCUACGAAACGUGCCAGCCCAGCUGCAGCACCAGUUGCAGCAGCAGCAGCUGCAGCAGCAGUUCCAGCAGCAAGUUCAGCAACAUCAGUUGCAGGUGCAGCAGUUGCAGCAGCCUCAGCUGCAGCAGCACCAACUGCAGCAGCAGCAGCUGCAACAACAGCAGCUACAGCAGCAUCAGUUGCAGCAGCAGCUUCUUCAGCAACAGCUGCAGCGGCAGCAGCAGCUGCAGCAACAGCAGAGGAUCCAAACACCUCAGUUGCAUCAGCAGCUGUUGCUGCAGCAGCGACAGCAGCAGCUCCUGCUGCAGCAGCGACAGCAGCAGAUCCUGCAGCAGCAGCAACUACUGCAGCUGCAGAAGUCGGGGCUAACGGGGAAAGAACCGCAGCAAGUCGGCGCUGCAGCACAGCUCCAGCAGCAGCAGUUACAGCGCCAUUUGCUGCAGCAGCAGCUGCUGCAGCAUCAACAGAUGUUGCAGCAGCAGCAGCAGCAGCUUCUGCAACAGCAGCUGCAGCAAGGAGGUGCGGACAAGCGCAGUGCUGCCUGGGUUUCUCCUGGGGAGCAGCAGCAAAAGAAGCAGAAAGGGGAUGGCGAGGGAAACAUCAGCAGCAGCAGCAGCAGCGGCGCUCCAGCUGAGGCUCAGGAAGUGCAGCAGCAGUGA